AUGUCUAAUGAGAAUACGCGACUAACAGGUACUGGUGAAUCUUUGAAUCCUGUCUUCACUGAACAAUCAAGACACAACCAUCAUCGAGAUCACGAUCAUAAUUAUGAUCACGAUCACGACCCGCGACAUCACAACCAAUACAUCUCAGCCCACACAAAACGACUAUUGAAUAGUCGGCACAUAUCAAUGAUCUCCAUUGGUGGUAUAAUAGGCACGGGUUUGUUUAUGGGUAUUAGACAAACACUCACCAAUGGUCCCAUCAUCAGUAUAGUGUCCUACUUUUACAUUAGUGGCCUUUGUUACUUUAUAAUCACCGCAGUGGGGGAAAUGUCAUGUUAUAUGCCACUCAAUGGGUCUCUAUGUCAGUUCCAGUUCCGAUUCAUAUCGAACCCAGUUGGCGUGAUGAAUAAUUUUGUGUAUUGGAUGAGUUGGUCAAUCACCCUUGGGUUGGAACUAGGUUUGAUUUAUGAAUUGCUUUGUCAGUUUGCGUCUCCACUGGGGGAGGAGAUAUUUUAUUCGUCACAAGUUAUGCUUGGUCAUAAGACAUUGGUGAUUUUGUCUGCGUGGACACUAUUGACGGCAGCUAAUUUGUUUCCAGUGAAUUACUAUGGAGAAAUCGAGUUUUUAGUAACGAUUAUCAAAAUUGCGUUCAUGUUUGCUUGGGUUGGGCUUAGCAUGGUCUUAGUCACUACUCGAUUGGGAUUUGCUAAUUGGACAAAUCUUGAUUUGAUAUGGGGAGUCAAUGCAAUUGAAGUUGUCGACAACCGAGUGAUGAAUAAGGUGGUAAAUAGCCUUUCUUCAUCGAUUGUAUCUUCGUGUUUCACUUUCCAGUCAAUUGAAUCGGUGGGGAUAUGUUCAGGAGAGAUUGAAGAUAUAGGCCGCAAUUUGCCCAAAGCUAUCAGGUAUAUUGUUGUGAGAAUUUGUGUUUUUUACAUUGGAUCGUUAACAUUACUCACAUUGAUGAUUCCAAGCAACGAUCCAAGCAUUAUUAACAACAACGGCAGCAGUAGUAGUGAUGGAAAUGAAAACCUGGUUAUGUCUUCCCCAUUUGUAAUUGCAUUGGUGAAUUGUGGAAUCGGUAACAAUUCCAUCUUGAUCCACGUUGUUAAUUUCGUCAUUUUGACAUCAAUGAUAUCAGCCGCCAACUCAAACAUAUAUUUCGGUUCACGCUGCUUAUUAUCCAUGGUGGAAGAAGGAUAUUUCUGGCGCACGUUUGCCAGGACGACAAGCCGUGGCGGUGUUCCGGUAUACGCCAUCCUACUCACUUCAUCACUCGGAUUGGUGGUCUCUCUACUUUCGAACUUGAAAAACAUGGGCACAUUCCUAACCUUGUUGAUCAACUUGUCAGCUACUUCCGGUUUGCUUAUGUGGCUUUUCGUUUCAAUCAGUUAUCUACGUUUCCGACAAGCUUUGGAAUACAACAACAUUGCCUACCAUGAUCUAGCAUAUACUUCGCGGUUUAUCUUGCCAAUGGAAAAGAGUGCUUGGGUGAGUAUAAUGAGCAUCAUCUUCAUUAUCCUUAGCAACGGGGUAACUAAUAUUUGGCAGUUUAGUUGGGACUCAUUUGCUAGUUGUUACUUGACUCUGAUUGUCGUUAUUGUUGGUGUGUUGUAUUGCAGUUAUAAGUGGCAAGAGUCUGUGUUGAUGCCAGUUGAAAAAAUUGAUAUUUUUACAAGUCAAUCAGCAACCGCAUUGAAAUAG